AUGCCUACAUCAUUAACUGUUAAUAUCUGCACACAGGUCUACCUUGACGGUGCCAGACGCCCUCAGAUAUUCCCAUCAGAGUCUCUACUUAAGCCUAAUCCUUCUUGUGCUAUAUGUCGUAAUACUCAUGUAUCGUUAAAGAUCAAUACAAAGACAACCACUCUGCGCGCUUUCCUGGAAACCAUUGUCCAAAGUCAAGACGAUCAAAUGGAUACAGAAGAUGAUGUAGUAAUAGCUAAUGCAAGGAGCAAUGAGAUUAUAUAUGAUCUAGACUACAUGGAUAGUCUUGAUUCAACUUUUGAACAAUUAAGUCUCAGAGACGGUUCAAUCCUUUCGGUAACUACCGACAGUGCGACACCCGCUGUCUUUGCAAUAUCUCACAGCGAAAUAUUUGACUCUCCUGAAACCUGGUAUGAGGUAGAUAGAAACCCUGCAGACAUAUUUAGGCGACGCAUGUCUGGUUCGAUCGAAAAUGUAUCAACACCAUCUCACAAGAGAAAGCACGACAAUGAUGAUGAGUUGGAUGAAACAUCGUCACAUAAACGACUUUAUACAGAAACGGACAAAGUACUAGUAAUUAAAGAUGACGAUCUGGAAAUAUUGACUGAAGUUCCGCCCGGUUUUGGUGACGGAAAUUGA